CUGGAACCCGAGGACGUCACCGCGGAGCAGAGUGAUUCCUAUUGGCUGAUUCAGGCAAGGUUCCAUUGUGGACGUCACAAUGCGGAAGUUGGACAAUGAGCUUCAGACUAAAACUUCCUCCUCUGGGCAACAUCUAAUAUUAGAAGGGGAGGUUUUGCAGACUGAUCUCAAACCACAUGUUACAGCAAGAUCUGACAGAGUCACUCAAUUCAUCAGGAGUUGAAUAUCAAUGGCCUUUGAAUCUAGUAGGAGAAAUGUUUGACUGUUCAUUCUGCUUCAGAAGGUUUUAAAGUCAGUGUUAUUGGAAAUGCACUGAGACAGACACAUCCGAGUGAGAGUGUUCCAGUGCACUGACUGUGGAAAGAGCUUUGACUAGUUACACAGCCUGAUAAAAAAGUCACGGGAGGGACUGUACCCAUGUUCUGUGUCUGGACUGCUCAGUUGAUCAUUGAAUCUGAGGCGACCAAAGAACACCUGCACCAUGGAGAAACUGUGGAAAGGAAUUCAUAACCUCAUCCAGGCUGGAAAUUCAUCUACGCAGCCACACUGGAGAGAGGCCAUUCACCUGCUCCAUGUGUGGGAAGGGAUUCACUCAUUCAUCCCACCUGAUGAGACACCAGCAAAUUCAACCGGGGAGAGACCAUUCACCUGCUCUGACUGUGGGAAGGGAUCCACUCAGUCGUCCCACUUGCGGAUACACCAGCGAGUUCACACCAGGGAGUCUGUUCAUCUGCACCAUGUGUGGGAAACGAUUCACGCAGUCAUCCAGCCUGCUGAGACACCAUGUAAUUCACACCAGUGAGAGACCCUUUAAAUGCUCUGACUGUGGGAGUAUGUUCAAAAGCUCUCAGGAACUGAUGUUCCACCAGCAUUUUCACACUGAGAAGAGACUGUUCAGCUGCUCUCACUGCACAAAGAGGUUUAGAAGUUCAUCCAACCUGCAGGAAAACCAGCGAGUUCACAUUGGGGAGAUACCGUUCACCUGCUCUGAGUGUGGGAAGGGAUUCACUCAGUCACCUCACCUGCAGGCACACCAGCGAGUUCACGCUGGGGAGGCACAGUUCACCUGCCCUGAGUGUGGGAAGGGAUUUAGUCAGUUAUCCAGCCAGCAAUCACACCAGCGAGUUCACACCGGGGAGACACCGUUCACCUGCCCUGAGUGUGGGAAGGGAUUUAGUCAGUUAUCCAGCCUGCAAUCACACCAGCGAGUUCACACUGGGGAGAGACCGUUCACGUACCUUGAACGUGAGAAAAGAGUCAGUAAUUCAUCCCGCCUGCGGAUACACCAGCGAGUUCACACUGGGGAGAGGCUGUUCACCUGCUGAGUGUGGGAAGGGGUUUAGUGAUUCAUCCCAUCUGCUGAGACACCAGCGAGUUCACAGCGGGGAAAGGCUGUUCACAGGGUCUAAGUGGGGGAAGAGAUUCAAUUGUUCAUCCAAGCCGCUGACACACCAUGACAGUCACACUGGUUAGAGACCUUUUAGAUGCCACGACUGUGGCUGUUGAUUCUGUAAAUUGAGGUUAAGUGUAUACAGGUGGACAUCAUGGGUUGGAUAGUUACUUGAGCACAUAUCCUUACUGACAGGGAGUGGAGUCAAGUCAGGAGGUGUAUUCCCGUAAUGUUUCACUCGAUGAAUAAAUCUAUACUAAGUAAAGAUUGAUUCCGGUUUCUUCCUUCACCAUUAGGCUGUCAGGAUUAUAACAAAGUAAUGGAGAAUGCUUGUUUAAUGAUGAAAGUUGGAAACUAAAGGAAAAUAAAAUUUCAGACAGAAAGUUACAACCCGAGUAGCUUUUGUGAAAAAUGGCUGAAAGCAAGUGGAAAUUGUAAGAGUCUGAUUACCCGCAGAUGUUCUCAGAGUCUGAGCCACACGACCAGUGGAAGAAUGAAGUAGAUAUGUGGACACGGGUUACGUCCCUACCAAGGAGGAAACAAAGUCUGGUCUUGGCAUUGUCACUUCCCAACAAAAGUAAAAUCAGAAGCAAAGUAUUUAGUGAGCUGGAUGCCUGUCAGUUGGAUACUGACGAAGGUUUGGAUCUUCUAUUCAGGUUCAUUGAUGAGAUUUGAAAGAAAGAUGAUCUACUGGAUGCCUAUGAAGCAUUGUUGGACUUUGACAGGUUUCCAAUGAAGAUGAAAGCAUCUUUAGCAGAUCUAGAUAUCUCAACUUAAGACAGGAUUGGAACAGCACGAAUAGGUGAAUGAACCCCAGGGAUGACCGGGGACCAAUUAACAGGUGUUUCAGGUCUGACUCAAAAUAUCAUUAUGUGAUGAGCUGCCCAAAGUGGAAAAUCGAGGUCUUUGAAUUGACACGUGAUACAGAGAAUUCUGAGGCUGAAGAUGAUGAUAAUGAUCACUCUGAAGGAAUUGUACUAGUCACAAGUUGCUUUGGUCCAGUGAUGAGUAUCUUAGUCACAGACUCAUUCAACUGUGCUGUGUUAGACAGUGGCUGCACCUCGACAGUAUGUGGAUUAGAUUGGUGAAAAUGUUACCCAGAUUCACCUCGUACUGAGGAUCGACACAAGGUUAAGGAGUAUGAAAGUUAUGGUUUGGUGAUGUCAACACAUUGAAGUCACUAAAAAGAGUGGGGAUUCCCUGCAAAAUAACUGGAGUCAUCAGUGUUAACUGUUAGACUUCACCUGGAUGACACAUUUGUGUAAUUAAUAAGGCUUAUAUUACCAAAUUGUACUGUAUGUAAGCUUAACAAUGAACAGUCUUCAA